AUGCACGAACUAGCAAAAAGAGGUCAUGACGUCACAGUAAUUACACCAGACCCUGUCUUCCCCAAAGACCAGGCUCCAGCCAACUUGACCGAGAUCGAUGUCCAUUUCUCUUAUAAUCUCUUCUCAGGAAUCUUUGACGUGCAUCAAGGACAAAAAGGAGGUUUUUUUCACCAGAUACACGAGGUAAUGGAAACUUUAACAACGAUAUUUGAGAAACAGUUGGAAGCGCCGGAAUCUAAGAUAUUGUUCGACCAGAAGUUUGAUUUGGUAAUUAUAGAAGCGUAUGUCCGACCUGCUUUAGCAUUUGGACAUGUAUUCAAAGUCCCAAUUAUUCAAUACAGUUCAUUCGGUAGUAAUCCCACCGCCUACAAUAUGUUUGGAGCGCCGUCGCAUCCUCUCUUGUAUCCAUCUCCAGUAGCGCAAAGGGUAUACAACCUUACUCUCUUUGAAAAAGCUGAAGAAUUGUUGAAGUUUUCUUUCAUUGAAUAUGUCAUGUCAACUGCAGUGGAUUUUGAAUAUCAAAUGAUGAAAAGAACUUUUGGUAAUGACGUGCCGAAAUAUGAGGAGUUACAAAAGUAUGUGCAAUUGUUGUUUUUAAAUGAACAUCCGAUUUGGGCGAAUAAUCAUCCCGUACCACCCAAUAUUGUUUACGUCGGAGGUAUACAUCAAAGCCCAGAACGAAAACUACCCAAGGAAUUUCAAGCUAUUUUGGAUUCAUCAAAGAAUGGGGUAAUAUACAUUAGUUUCGGUUCUAACGUCAAAUCUUCCUUACUUCCACCGGAGAAGAUUGCUGUAAUGACAAAGGUUUUGUCUCAAUUACCUUAUGACGUAUUAUGGAAGUGGGAAAGUGACGAACUACCAGGAAAGUCAGACAAUAUAAAAAUCUUCAAAUGGUUCCCUCAAGCUGAUAUUUUAAAACAUCCGAACGUCAAGCUAUUUAUAACUCAAGGAGGCAUCCAAUCAGCUGACGAAACGAUCAAUGCUGCUGUUCCUGUUAUCGGUAUACCAAUGAUUGCUGAUCAAUGGUACAAUGUUGAGAAAUUCGUCAAAAACGGAGUUGGUUUACAAAUAAAUCUAUCUGAACUAACUGAAACAACUUUCGAGAACGCCGUGAGGAGAGUUAUUGAUGACAAAAGCUUCAAGAAUAACAUGAUAAGACUCCGUUCGCUGAUGAGGGAGCACCCAGUAGAUCCACUAGAGCUUGCGGUGUGGUGGGUGGAGCACAUCCUGCGAUAUGGUGGUGAGCACCUACGCUCCCCAGCAGCGGGGCUAACCUGGGUUGAAUAUUUUGAAGUGCCCUUAGUGCUCACUGCUUUAGGUGUUUGUUUGAGUGUGGUUCUAGUCAUAAUUUUACUGGUAUUCUAUGUGUUGCGAAUAGUUAGAAAUCUUGUAUAUGGAAAUAAUAAUAAACAUGUACGGAAUAAGAAAAAUAAAUAG